AUGACUACAGUCAGGACCUCGUUCACGAACAAACUCGCUCGCAGCACUCUGAAGGACGAUAUGACGACCAAAGAACGUCCUCGGGAACUAGGCACUUCAAGGUGCUCCUUACCAUUCGAUAUUGGAGGACCUCUGCCGAACACGUCAGGCAACGGGCACAAUACAAACUCACUCAUCCCCGAAUCAAAGACUCUGAUGAUUCGCCUAGGAGAUCUGCCCAAUACCACGACCGAGGUACAGGUCAAGUUCUAUCUUGAGACAGUUGUGGGUCUUGAGGUAGAGACGUUGACACUCUUGCCAAAUCCGCACAGCUCAGUCAUUGGCGUUUUCGCCGCAGCCUUUGCUGACUCUGGUGUCACCAUCAGAGCCAUACGGCGUUUCCAAAACCUCAGAGUCGAAGGGAAAGCCAUCGGGUUCAAGGUGACUGUAUGGGAGGAUCUCAGGACCAGAUCGAACACGCCUUUAUGUCAGAAUCUUGCUAGCAUAGUGCCUCAUGAUCGCGACCAGUCUUCAUGCGGAGCUGCUAAAUUCAAUACUACGAGCUGGACGACAGUGCUAACUCCUUUCUCGAAACUAUCGCUCGUGUCUGCGAGAGAUACUGAGAAGGAAGCUGUCCGGGGCACGACAUGCAAGAACAAAGAAGAUGUGACCAAUUUGCAAGCUAUAGAUAUGACCGUGGAAACCACGAAGACGAUGUCGGAUACACACGGACCCCAACACGAUCCGCUACCUGCUGGAUACGUGUUUGCGUUUGGACGUAACAUGUCGAAACCGCGACAGCCAGUCAGAGAUCUCUCUAUCAUGCACAUGCCCAAUGAGGUACUCUUCACGAUUCUGAGCCAUGUCGAGUUGACGUCGCAAAAUAUUCGAGCCUUGAAGCUAACUUGUCGCAAGUUCCGCAAUUUGCUGAGGACCAACUACUUCCGUAUCUUGCAUACUGGACGUCAUCUGAAUCCUGGCAUGAAGUUGUACAGGACGAUGGCCAAUUUCACUGAUGUAUGUGGUUGGGUAGGUAUAUUAUUACACCAGCAGGAGCGAACGUACAAGACAUGGAAAGAUCUUUCCGAAAACGCGCCCUACAAUAAGCUUAACUUGAUUUCCGAUAUCAAGAAGGAAGCGCAUCAGCAGAUCUGCAAAGAUAUGCACGUGCUACACUUCACCGCAGUGGCGAUCCUUGAUUACAUACGUUCGACUGCUGAGUUCUGCUUGGGCACUGUGACCAACGAAAGCCUCAAGUUUGUGCAGCGUCUCAUCUCGGUCACCCUACCCGAGCCUAUCAUCAUGCUACUACGCUGGGAGUUCUAUCUGCUCUGGUUGAAGGUAACAAGAGAAGGUUUCAGUGAUUCUUUGAUACCUGAAGGAGCAGAAUUCGAGAAGACGUACGGAUUGGUUCCUGCGCCCAAUCCUCGAAACCUUGCUCCAACGACCGCAUCUCUUAGACGGAUAUUCCUACCACAGCUGCCUGCCCCAGCCACUAGACGGUUCCAAAUGCUUCCUUGUGCUUUCCUUUUUGGUCCAGCGAAGGGAGCCAUACAUCGCCUUCUACAAAAUGGCUCAGAUCGUCUCAGUGGUCCGUUCUUCUGGUUUCUCCGAGACUCGUCCGCGCAGAUCGCUCUGCAAACAGGUGGCAAUAGACAGCUCAAGGACGGCCAGAGUAUUAACUUCUACGAACUCAAUCGAACAGUUUGUAGACGGUUCGGCAGGAUUCGGGACAACCUAGGUUUGGAACAGCCACCUAUCAUCUGCCCACCAGAUUGGGAUGGGUAA